UGAGGGAAGAAUGGAAGGGGAGAUUGACAGGCGGAUCGGUGCAGCCUCUGCAGUGAUGCGGACUUUGUAUCGAUCCGUUGUGGUGAAGAAGGAGCUAAGCCGAAAGGCGAAGCUCUCGAUUUACCGGUCGAUGUACGUUCCUACCCUCACCUAUAGUCACGAGCUGUGGGUCGUGACCGAAAGAACAAGAUCCAGGAUACAAGCGGCCGAAAUGAGUUUCCUCCGCAGGGUGUCCGGGCUCUCCCUUUGAGAUAGGGUGAGAAGCAUCCGAGAGGAUCUCAGAGUAGAGCCGCUGCUCCUUCACUUCGAGAGGAGCCAGAUGAGGUGGCCGGGGCAUCUGAUUCGGAUGCCUCCCGGACGCCACCCUGGUUAGGUGUUCUGGGCACGGGGACGACCCAGGACACGCUGGACAGACUACAUCCUUCGGCUGGCCUGGGAACGCCUCGGGAUCCCCCCGGAAGAGCUGGAUGAAGUGGCUGGGGAGAGGGAAGUCUGGGCGUCCCUGCAAAAGCUACUGCCCCCGUGACCCGACCUCGGAUAAGCGGUAGAAAAUGGAUGGAUGGAUGGAAGUCCCCAAGAAUAAUCGGGGCAAUCCUGGCAAAUCAAAUGGAGAGGAUUCUAGACCUGAGCCAAUCAGAGCUACAGGAACUUCUGGAUAACCCAGAAAAGGUGGAAUCAAUGGCCCAAGACUCUGAUGAGAUCCAGAACAUCCAGUUGGAGAGAGAGAUGGCGUUGGCGUCAAAUCGCAGCCUUGCGGAGCAAAACCUGGACAUGAGGCCACACCUGGAGUCCCGAAGAGAGGUUCUGGUGGAGAGAUACACGCAGCUCGAGGCUAUCAGAGAAACCUACAGAGAACACUACUCCAUUAUAGAGGGGAUAGUUGGCCAGGUGUCUCCAGAAGCAUUGUUCUCCAGACUACAGACAGCGGUCAAAAAAGCAGAAGCUGAGUCAGAGGUUCUAGCUGAUGUAUUUCUGGAGGGCUGUCUACCAUUGGACUCAUUCCUUGACCGCUUCCUUGUUCUUCGUUGCCUUGCUCAUAAAAGACGUGUGCGGAUAGAGAAAUUCCAGGAGGCCAUGCUACAGAAAAGAGAGGAUAACCCCAAGGCUAUAAGGUCAUCACCAGGCAUCAGCCAAGGCCCUUCUGUGGAUCAGUGGAAUCCACAUACCACAACAACAACUCAACAGCAACAAGGAAACACCAAAUGCCAGACCUCCAGCUACUUCGAUGCCUCCCAAUCUCUGUCUUCAUCUGGUGACGGUUCCUGUGAUCUCCCCUACCUCCAAUGUCUUAUCUCUCCUUCCAAUGCUCCCCCACCAUUUACACCUUUGGCAACAAGCUCUGGCCCAGUCAUUCCUUCAUCACAGGUACUAUCAUAUGCAGGCUCAUCUUUUGCCCCAGCAGGGAGCUACACUGGCCCCGGGCCAGCAUUCAGACCUCUGGCUUCAGCCCCCUGCCCUUAUCCAACUCAGUUGUCUUUCUCUGUCCCAAACCCAGGAUCAGCUUUUGGCCAAUACACACCACUUCAUCCCCAGAGCAAUACCGCAGUAUACCCAGCUUCAUAUAGUGAUUGAGGCUAUAGUUAGUUAUACAACCAGGUCUGCUUACUCCAAUUCUCAGUCACCAGUUGAAAGACCCAUUUGCAGACCUGGAUAUGGAGUACCCCAGCCAUAUUCUUGAAAAUAUCUACUUCUCCUCUUUCCUAAUACUUUUUAAUUUCACAUACUUUAUGCACCCUUUCCUGCCAGGCUUCUCAGACUAAUUGUUUCCCCCUCCUCUUUCUGUCAACUACUGUCUUUUCCUCAACUUUCAGAUUUUAGAUUGUUAUUCUGUCUUAAUAUUAUAACGUUACUUUUCUUGAUUCUCAUCACCCCCACACCUUAGUCUCAAGUUGUUUGCGGUCCUUAUAGUACUUGUCCUCCCACACUUCAGCUUGAACUACUCCCUUCUCUUGAUGUAUAGUUGUGAGUUUGUAUGAUUCUUUUUUUUUUUUUUUUUUGGGAAAUUAUAACAUGUGCUGUCCAUGUCAUGUCCUGUUCCUAUGGCAGAUCGAAAGUGCCAAAAAUAAAUGUGUAAUUAAUUAUUUCACAAUUUAUUUACUUAAUUCAAUAUUUAAUAAUUUGACUAUUUAUUUAAUUUUGUCGCCCCUAUCCCCUGUGAAUUUUGUGCUUCUUGAAAUAAUGUUACCUUUCAUUCUCUCUCCCAUCCAACUCUGUGGGUGGGCACUGAGCCGGACUAGCACUGAUCCAGUCACAAACUCUUGUGUGAGCCUGCGUGAUUUAAAGAUCAGAGGACAAAGAUGUGAAAAUGUUCUUGAUAACUCUAUAACCCUUUUACAAACCACAGCUUCCAUUUUUAAGUGAUGAUAUAGCGAUAUACAGCAGUUAAAUCGAUAAAUAUGAUUCAUAAUGCGCCUUCUGCUUUUUGCAUCUAACGCUUUCCGGUUCUAUCCAGCGCUGUGACGUAACACUAGCCAAACAGCCUGUUCAUUCGGCGUUGUGUGCUAUUGUAUCAUGCUGUUGUUCCUGUCCUUGUAAAUUUGUUGUUUGAUUUAGCGAUUUCACAAUGUUUUAUUGUAUGGCAUUUGGUUGUACAAAUGGUUCAGGCAGUGGCAAGAGUGAAAAAGGAAUACGUGACCAGUGGGAAAGUCAAUCGACAGGAAGAAAUGUGGUCAGCUUUGGGUGCCUAGCAAGCAUUCCAAUCUCUGUGCUGAUCACUUCAAACCGGCGUGUUUUGAGAAAGAUUUAGCAAAAAGCAUUGGAUACACGUGUAGUUAGGCAGAGGCUGAAACCAGCUGCGGUGCCAACUAUUUUCCUACGGUUAUCGGGACCACAAACGCCAGCAAGAGAACUAAAUCUCGCAGCCCCCAUGGUGCAGCGGCGAAGCGGCCCAGACAAGAGGUGAGGAUUUCCUUGUAUAUACCUAUGACUCUAUUAUGGGUAUUAGUCACUGGGCAGUAGGAAAAAAAGACCCACCCAGUACUUUUUAGGGCUGUCCUCUCAACUUUUGCUUAUAUGACAAGCCAACAGACACGGCAAAGACUUUCUGUGAGGAGUGUUAUAAAGCUAUCCGAGCGAGGGGCGCACAAUAUGCUGCAUACUAUGUAAAAGCUUGUGCUGUGUGACUGAAACAUACAACCCCAAUUCCAAUGAAGUUGGGACGUUUUGUUAAACAUAUAUAAUAACAGAAUACAAUGAUUUGCAAAUCACGUCCAACCUAUAUUUAAUUGAAUACACUACAAAGACAAGAUAUUUAAUGUUUAAACUGAUCAACUUUGUUUUUAGCAAAUAAUCAUUAACUUAGAAUUUUAUGGCUGCAACACGUUCCAAAAAAGCUGGGACAGGGUCAUGUUUACCACUGUGUUACAUCACCUUUUCUUUUAACAACAUUCAAUCAACGUUUGGGAACGACGGACACUAAUUGUUGGAGCUUUGUAGGUGGAAUUCUUUCCCAUUCUUGCUUGGUGUACAGCUUCAGCUGUUCAACAGUCUGGGGUCUCCGUUGUCGUAUUUUACGCUUCAUAAUGCGCCACACAUUUUCAAUGGGAGAUAGGCCAGUCUUUUACCCUCACUCUUUUACUACGAAGCCACACUGUUGUAACACGUGCAGAAUGUCGUUUGGCAUUGUCUUGUUGAAAUAAGCAGGGGCGUCAAUGAAAAAUACGUUGCUUGGAUGGCAGCAUAUGUUUCUCUAGAACCUAUAUGUACCUUUCAGCAUUAAUGGUGCCUUCACAGAUGUGUAAGUUACCCAUGCCAUUGGCACUAACACAGUCCCAUACCAUCACAGAUGCUGGCUUUUGAACUUUGCGUUCAUAACAGUCCGGAUAGUUCUUUUCCUCUUUAGCCCGGAGGACACGACGUCCACAAUUUCCAAAAGCAAUUUGAAAUGUGGACUCGUUGGACCACAGAACACUUUUCCACUUUGCAUCAGUCCAUCUUAGAUGAGCUGGGGCCCAAGAAGCCGGUGGCGUUUCUGGGUGUUGUUGAUAAAUGGCUUUUGCUUUGCAUAGUAGAGUUUCAAGUUGCACUUACGGAUGUAGCGCCGAACUGUAUUUACUGACAUUGGUUUUCUGACGUGUUCCUGAGCCCAUGUGGUGAUAUCCUUUACACAUUGAUGUCGGUUUUUGAUGCAGUGCCACCUGAGGGAUCGAAGGUCACGGGCAUUCAAUGUUGGUUUUCGGCCUUGCCGCUUACAUGCAGUGUUUUCUCCAGUAUCUCUGAACCUUUUGAUGAUGAUAUGGGCCGUAGAAGAUGAAAUCCCUAAAUUCCUUGCAAUUGUACGUUGAGGAACAUUGUCCUUAAACUGUUUGACUAUUUUCUCACGCACUUGUUCACAAAGAGGUGAACCUCGCCCCAUCUUUGCUUGUGAAUGACUGAGCAAUUCAGAGAAGCUCCUUUUAUACCCAAUCAUGGCACCCACCUUUUCCCAAUUAGCCUGUUCACCUGUGGGAUGUUCAUAACAGGUGUUUGAUGAGCAUUCCUCAACUGUCUUUUUUGCCACCUGUCCCAGCCAAGUUAAUGAUUAUUUGCUAAAAAAAAAAAAAAAAACUUUAUCAGUUUGGACAUGAAAUAUCUUGUCUUUGUAGUGUAUUCAAUUAAAUAUAGGUUGAACAUGAUUUGCAAAUUAUUGUAUUCUGUUAUUUAUGUUUAACACAACAUCCCAACUUCAUUGGAAUUGGGGUUAUAUAUGAAUAUAUCAUAUGUAUAUAUAUAUAAAAUAUAUUUUAAAAAAUAUAUUGGCACUCCUGGGGUGCCAUAUUUCUAGCCAUGACUGGAUAAUUUUGUAUUUUUUUCCUCAACUGUCUGACCCCAUGAGGAUGCAUGUUAUAUUUUAUUCAUGACUCUGUUUCUAUUGAAAGUGAGGAUGGUGGAACAAGUAAAUUAUGGAUUUGGCUCUGCGUGGUAUUUUGUCGUCUCUUCUGCUUCUGCUACUUGGCUGCUCGUCGUCGUCACUGUCAGAUUCCGACCUCCUGAUCGGCUCAAACGUACGGUUUGACGAUAUCAAGUUCAGUUGGGUGCUCUGUACGUCAAAAUCCUCCUCAUAUUCCAACACGUUGCUCGGCAUUGCGAAUAGAGUGUCGCGCACUGUGUUUGGCAAUUGCAACGUCAUUUCUAGUAGCCUUUGCGGUGGAUAGAGUAACUACACCUCCAGCUUCGGGUAUGUUUGGGGAGUGGUCAAUACGUGUAAUAAAAACCUCAUUUUAAACUAAACUGCAGUUGUCCACUUGCUGUAAAUGAUGUGCUUUGUACAAUAUUAGAUAACAUAUAAAGAGUGCAAAUAUGAUUUUUAACUGACCCCAUAACAUCUUUGUCCUCUGACCGUUAAUGAAAUUUUAUGAAAGACAUGGAUUCCACAGUGUCUACAGCGCCCAAUAUGUUUCAUGCGUUUCAUGUGCGAGUUAAUUUUAGUAAUGACAUGUAAUGUAGAUGCAGGAAUAUCAGACACGGAGCAUAUGGUGUACAAAGCGGAGGUAUUUAUUGAAUUUUGUGGGAGUUAUGGGAGGGUUUCUAUAUUUUUAGUGGCCAAGGUUUUAUUUUAUUUUUGCAUGACAUAAUUGGUAGCAGAGGUGAUUUUCUUCUACCAGACAUUUUUAGAACCAUUAAAAUAAAAAUGACAUCACGCAGUGACUGUCAUGGGGUGACAUAUUUGAAUGAAAGGCACAGAAUUUUGCUGAAAAUCUUAUCACUCAAUCUCACGAUAAAGCAAAAGGUAUCCUUUAAAACCUUAACUUGAACGCAUGAAUAAUAUUUUAUGUUUAAGUACCAGUACCACUAAAGUGGGCCUGUCACCGAGUUUACAAUGAAUUAAAUUAUAGGGAUGUAACAGUAUUCAUGAUAUCACAAAAUUAAAAGUCUUGUCUUGGUAAAAAAAAAAUUAGCCAUUGUGCCUAAAAUUUAGUUUUGGCCCAGCUAUACGCAGCCACACCGCUUAGACAGGCUGCUACAGCCAGGCUACAGUGCUGCACUUCCUCAUGAAGAACAUAAAUGCGCCCGAUUAGAUGCAUAACCCAUGUGGGUACGUCACAAAAACUGCACUGAUUCUCUGACUGGCCCAUGUGACCGAAAGGCUGCUGUGCCGGUCUGAGCGCCGCAUCGCAAUCGAUUGGCCAAGAGUCGCCUGGUUGUUCGUGCCAGCCUCCGUCCUAGCAAACACUCCUACAGACCGGGAUCGGCUGCUAGUGGACCUCCGCUUCGUGAAGCCGCGUUCGGCCAGCGCCUGCAGCCACCAGGAAGCCCCAUGAGCCGGCCAGCCGCAGGCCGCCGCCACCACUCCCCCUCAAAGAGAUGAUCCGCCGAAUUAUUUAAGCGCAUUGUACCAGGAGCACUCGUUAUUGGUGUGGUGUUUAUCUGAAGUUGAAAGUCACGCGUGAAAGAAUAUCACACGGAGAGAUAUUAACAAUUCCAAAUCCCUGUUGUAACAUAUCCCUCCACCAUUCCGUUACAGUAGUCGCAAAAAUUUUAUAAAAUAGGUCCAUGCCAUCGAGAGAAAGAAGAAGAAUCAUCACCACCUUGAUUGGCAUGAACAUGCAUGCAUGCAAACGAAAUUUGUUCUCUGCAUUUUACCCAUCACAGUGAACACACACUGAUAUAUCACUGCAAAAAUAAAUCUGACAUACUUCCCCCUCUUCAAAUAAAAUGUCCACAUUUUAAAUUAAAACAUGUUACACAGGCUGCUCAGAAAAAUAAAUCCUAUAAUAUCACGAAGCGGAAGAAGAGAAACUAAGGAUUCCCAUGCCUUUGAGAGUGUUCCUACGUUUAUGGCUGAAUUUUUGGACUCAAACAAAGAAAUCACUGUUAGUAGGCAGUAUAAAAUUUCAAAUGUUAUAAAUAAAAAAAAUAUGACACUAAAUACUGUUAACUGUAAAUACUCUUGAACAGGUUGGAAACUUGAAUAUGACUAAAUGGAACAGCCCUUAAAUGGUUCAGGUCCUAUCUGGAGGAAAGGAGUUAUUUUGUAACCAUUGGAAGUGUUCAAUCUCAUCAAAUGGCAAUGACCUAUGGGGUCCCUCAAGGGUCAGUUCUUGGACCCCUCCUGUUCAGCUUCUAUAUGCUACCCAUGGGUCAAAUUCUUCAGAACUUUAAUUUUGACUAUCAUAGCUAUGCAGAUGACACACAGUUAUAUCUAGGAGUGUCUCCAGAUGACUACAGUUCAAUUGAGGUGUUGUGUCACUGUCUAAAACAGAUAACUGGAUGAGCCAAAAUUUUCGUCAAUUAAACCACAACAAAACUGAGAUAAUUGUUUUCGGUAAUAAAGAAGAUUGCUGUUAGUAAAUACCUGGAGUCACUCUCUUUAAAAACCAAAGACCAAGUCCGAAACCUUGGUGUACUGAUAGAUUCCAACCUGACUUUCAACAGUCAUAUCAAAUCAAUUACUAAAAGUGCCUUCUACCAUCUGAAGAAUAUAUCCAGAGUGAAGGCUUGCAUGUACCAAGCAAACCAGGAGAAGCUCAUCCAUCCUUUUAUCUCAAGUAGACUUGACUAUUGUAAUGGUCUUCUGACUGGACUCCCCAAAAGAGCAUUAAACAGCUGCAGCUCAUUCAGAAUGCUGCAGCUCAGGUUCUGACCAGAACAAAGAGGUCAGAGCAUAUUACUCCAAUUUUAAAGUCUUUACACUGGCUCCCAGUCAGCUUUAGAAUAGAUUUUAAAGUUCUGCUACUGGUCUAUAAUUCACUCAAUGGUUUAAGUCCUGAAUACAAGUAAUACAUGCUAAUGGACUAUAAACUCAGAAGGGCUCUAAGAUCAACAGACUCAGGUCAAAUAGUGGAGCACAGAGUCCAAAGCAAACAUGGUGAAGCAGCAUUUAGGUAUUAUGCUGCACACAAAUGGAGUAAGUUGACAACAGAAGUGACUGUCAGCCCCAAGUGUGAAUGUUUUUCAGUCCAGAUUAAAAACUCAUCCUUUUUCUCAUAGUUUUUAGAGCAUUUCUACUUUUAAAUGAUAUUUCUUGCACUGUAGGCUGUUUUAAUUGUACUUUUUUUUCUCUUUGUUUUAAAUGUUUAUAAGCUGUUUUUAUUCGUUAUUUUUAAAUGCUUUUAAUCAUGUAAAGCACAUUGAGUUAGUUACCUUGUAUAUGAAAUGCACAAUAUAAAAUUGCUUUGCUUUAAAUUAGUGAACAGACAAUUUCUCAAUGGACAAUUUUGUUAUUGUGAGCAUAGCAUGAUUACUACUGCAGCAAUAAUACUGUUUUUGAGGUACAGGAUACGAACGUAAACAUUGGAUGGACGGGGAUAGAAGUGCAUGGUAAUAUAUGAUUUAAAGAUGUCUUUUUCAAAAAAACCUGUGGGAAAACACACAGAAACUACUAAAGUCCUUGAGAAGGACUCUGCCAGCAACGAAAAGAGUUUUUUUUCCCCGGUUCUCCUGCUUUUGCUUCUUUGACGCACCUGUACUGUGACUAUUUCUGCAAAACCAUGAGUCUUAUUGAAAUACCAUGAGCGUUCCCACAAUAUCGCAAUAAAUAUCGUAGCAUGAGCUUAAUACUGUGAUAAAACCGAACCGUGAGAUAUAGAUAUCGUUUCAUCCCUAUUAAAUUCCUCACCUUAAUUAUCCAUCCAUCCAUCCAUUUUCUGAGCCGCUUAUCCUCACAAAAGUCGUGGGACUGCUGGAGCCUAUCUCAGCUAUCAACGGGCACCAUGAACUGGUUGCAAGCCAAUCGCAGGGGACAUAUAAACAACAAACCAUUCACACCUACGGGCAAUUUAGAGUCUUCAAUGAACCUAGCGUUCAUGUUUUUGGGAUCUAAGAGGAAAACGGAAUACCCGGAGAAAACCCACGCAGGCACGGGGAGAACAUGCAAACUCCACACAGGCGGGGCCGGGAAUCAAACCCCGGUCCUCAGAACUGUGAGGCAGACGCUCUAACCAGUCGUCCACCAUUCCUUAAUUAAUUUUAUUUUUUUUUUGCAGUAUGCCUGAUGCAAUUUGAAUAGUCCUUUAAAUUACCCACAUAUAAUCUAUGUUCAAAGUAUUUUUUUCUCAAAAAAAAGAAAUUUUACAUGUUGAGUGGAUUAUAAAAUAAAAAAUGUAUGUUAGUGUCAUGGAGUGACAGAUUUAUUCGAGACAGAUUGCUCAUGAACUAUACAUAUGUUUGGCCUAGUACACACAUUUUUCCACUGUUAAAAGAUGUAUAAAAAAAUAUUAUCUGCUACAGUCCCCAGACAUAAAGAUAAAAAAAAUUAGGCAUUCAACAGUUUUAGUCAUCAUGCGUUUGGUGUGCUCCAAGAAUCUCAACAGAGCAGGCAACACACAAAGAUUCUGCUGUACUGCCAAACUGUCUCGCAUGCUCACACGGGAUUUCACAAACCUGAAGAAGAAGAAACAUUUCUGGAUCUGCGCCUAUGUUUCUCAAGUGUUGCUAAAGGUUGCUGUACCCGGGAGCAUUCUGAAGUGGCGUUGUUCUCAAUAAAAUACUUCUUGGCGUCUGGGGACCCCAUUUUUAUACAUAAAACAACAUCGGAUAAGACAUUUUUGUCUUCAUUUACGGUUGUUUCCGUGUUCGUCAAGUCUUCAGUGCUUCUUUGUUUGGUUCCAUUCUGUUUCACGUCACAAUUCACGGUGUCAAGACUUGGGGGAUGUCGAUGUUCCCCACGCACGUUUUAGUCGUAAAUAUUGAACCCGUUCAACAGGCGUUGACUUGUUUCAAAUUGGAACAAAUCCACUCCGCAUACACAUCAGACCUAAAGACAAUUUUACAGGAUAAUCUAAUAAGAUUUAAGAUUGUCUGGCAUUUGACAUGCUUGGUAGGGAAGGGGCAAAAUUGGCACAAAAACAGGCUGUGUGUACCAGGCCUUUGACACUAUUCAAGGUGGCAGCAUUAUAUCACACCUACUGUUUAGUCGACGUUUGAAGAACAAUUUCCUGGCAGAAAUACACUAUAAAAUACACUUCUUUUUCAACAGUAAAGACAAAAGAGCAUUUCGGUAAAGACAAAAACACCUUCAUAAAAAUUGUGUGAGUUGAAAACUGAAUUGUUGCCCUUCAAACUGUGGCUAAAAGUGCAUAAAUGAUUCUAACUACUCAUUCAACCCAUUACAAUUGUCUUUAUAGAAUCAUAGUAAUGGUAAAUACAUUCAAUAGUUCGGACACUUUCACAAAUUCAUAAUAUUCAUAUCUCAGAAAUAGCACAAUUAAUUUUGCUGUCUGAUAUUGUGUGAAUGCAAAAUGGCUCCCUCAUCCUGGCACUUCAGCACACAAAUACCCCUGGUGUAUUGCAACAGCAUAAUGAGGCUCUUUCCAGUGGCAUUAAAGGUAAAGACAGCUUGAAUGACACAGAAGGACUGUUUGUAAAAGAACCAUAAAAAGGCACUAAGACACUAAGAUGCAUUUGCCUACAGAGAUGAGGUGGAGCGGCUGUCCACAUGGUGCAGGGCCAACAACCUGCUCCCUAACACAUCUAAGACCAAAGAACUCUUCAUAGACCACAGGAGAAAGAAGACUUAGACCCCACCAGCGGGGACUGUGUGGAGAGGGUGGCAGACUUCUGCUUCCUGGGAGUCCACAUACUGUAGAGGAGAGCUGAUCCUGGAGCCUGAACACCUCUGAGCGGCUGAAAAAGGCCCAGCAGAGACUGUACUUGCUGAGAAUACUCAGGAAGAAUAACAUCACACAGAGACCACUGGUGUCUUUUUUUCUGCACCUGCAUAUUGAUGUGCUUCAUGUGCAUAUGGUACACAGUGGCUCAGAAUGCAAAGACUCAAACACAGUUUUUAUCCAACUGCAAUAACCACCUUCAAUGCUAAAAAACAAAAAAACACAAUAUGACAGGAAGUAUGCAUUCCUUCUAUUUAUUCUUUUAUGUACACGUGUAUGCGUAUGUGUAUGUACUGUAUAUAUAUAUAUAUAUUCAUUCUUUGUUUUAUAUAUUUUUAAAUGAAUGUUACACUGACUGGAAGCACUUUUAAUUUCUUUGUACCUGUGACAAUGACAAUCUAUUUGAUAAAUUUUAUUGUGGGUUACCAGCAAAUUAAAUUGCUGUGUGGUUUGGAGUUUUGAAGAGGGCAAUCAAAAGGCGAACGACACAUCCCCAAUGUGUCGUAUGCCCAAUGUCUAUGGUGUUUUUUGAUUCGUGAAGUUUUGUCUGGUUAUUUGUGAUUUUUAUGGUGUUUUUUGAUUGGUGAAGUUUUGUCUGGUUAUUUGUGAUUUUGUUAUUUAAUGUUUCAUGUUCUGUUUUUAUGUUUUGUGUAUAUGUAAUGUAUAUCACAUAGUACAGUUGUAUUUGUACUUUUUUGUGCUUGCUUUUUUUCGGCCAUGUUUUGCCCUGCUCUCUGCAGUCGGGUUGGCAUUGUAAAUGAGAAACUGUUCUCUGCCUUACCUGGUUAAAUAAAGAUUUAAAUAAAUAAAUAAA